AUGGGGCAAGAAAAAAGAAUUCAAAUGCAAGAAACACUAGAAAGACUAAAAAAGCAAAUAGUUCACGGAUGUGGCGGAGCACUAUGCACGGGUAUAUUCUGCAAGCUGUCAGACAUAGAAGGAAUAUCAGAUGAAAUAGCUGCGCUCCUCCUGGAGUACAAUGACUACUUUACAUGCGAGUCUCUGUACUUUGUGCAAGGAAGGGCUGCGCACGAAAUUGAAAUAGAAGAAAAAAACACGGCUAAGCUAGGGCUGCACCCGAAUAUGAGCACGGCGCUGCUUCCGCAGAUGAAGGGGGCGGCUGAGCGGCAGAGAAGCCGCGGACACGCUUCGGGCCACUCCCAGGGGUGCAUUGAUGUGGCCAAGAAAGUUCUGAAGUACUUCUAUUUGUCGAUCCGCGGGAGCGGGCACAUGUCGCACAACUCCAGCCCUUUUAUAAGAGGCAUGGAUUUCUCAUGGGUUGACGGGAAAAGAGGCACAUUAAAACCUUACUUUGACGAAAACUCAAAAAAAGAAUAUUUGAAAAUGGAGCUGGCGCGGAUAAUACAUAAAAAAAAGUCCAAAGCAACAGCAAUCAUGCUACAGGGUCUUUUCUACCACGAGCUGAACCGGCUGAAGACAUCGUAUUCUCUGAACGCCACCGUGCGUGCGGUCAAGCUUUUUAACUCGGUGAAGGAGUGUGUUAAGUUUGAAAAGAAGUACUUCAUCAGAUUCCUGGAGGCGGUUGAAAAGCUGUGCGAGGUUUCCAAGGCCGAAGAGCUUCUGUGCAUGGAGGGGUGCAACAAGCUUCCGGGCGGGCUCAGCUACAAAAAGUCGCCAGACUGCGGGUUUAAAGAGCACGAGGAGUUUCCCACCCCCCGAAAGUACAUUCCAAAGAAAGCCGCGGGCGGCCGGAUGCUGGAGACGUGCCCGAUGUGCAGCGGGUCUUUGGAGGACUGCGAGUACACCCACUGCGACUCUCUGUGCUUCGGGUCGGACAGCCUCUGUGUGAACGAGCUGAUCGACUUGAUAAAAAGCCUGAUUAUUGUGAUAGACAACACAAGCGUGGUAAACAUGCGCGAGGGCACGCUUCUUUUGGCAAUCCUUAAGUGUCUGAAGGGCCUGUAUGCGUUUUCUGUCCAAACCGGGGUUAUCCACCACUCAAUAUUUGUGAACAAGCGGUUUUCGCGGCUUCUCAACUACAAGGCCGAGGUUCGAUACCACAAGGAGGGCGGGCACAGCAUUUUUGACUUUCCGUUCAUUUUGGACAUGGCGGCAAAGUCAGACCUCAUCCAGAUCGAAAACACCGACCGGAUGAAAACAGAGCUGCAGGACGCGUUCUUUCGGUCUAUGUUCGAGGGGCGGAUUCCGCCGUAUCUGAACCUGGAGAUCGGAAGAGGGUCCGUUGUGCAGGACUCGAUCAAGCUGCUUGAGUCGCUGGAGGCGGGAAUGGCGUGGAAGCAGCUCAAAAUCAAAUUCCAGGGAGAGGACGGGGUUGACUCAGGAGGCAUAAAGAAGGAGUUUUUCCAAAUACUCAGCCAGAAGACGCUUGGCGAGUGGGACAUCUUCACAGAGAACGAGGGCUGCCUGUGGUUCAAAGCAUUCACGCCCGAGGAGAUAGAAAAGAGAAAGAGCCAGUACAAAAUCCUGGGCAGCAUUUUGGGGCUGUCUGCGUACAACGGGGCGGUUCUGUGCUUCUACUUCCCGCAGGUGUUUUACAAAAGGCUUCUCGGGUAUUCCGGCACUGUAGAGGACUUGAAAAAAGUCGAGCCAAAAAUAUACCAGACGCUCAUGAACAUGAAGAAAAUGUCUGCCGAAGAGGUGUCCUUGCUUGGGCUGGAGUUUAUGUACAACGGGAUGAUGCGCGAAGUGAACGCGAACAACCUGGACGAGUUCACAGAGGCCUACUGCAAGGAAAUACUAGAGACCCGCCUGGAGCCUGCCUUUAAGCUGAUAAAGGACGGGCUGUGGUCGAUAUGCGGUGACACUUUUGUGCGGUCUCUUCUUCCGUGCGAGCUGAGCAUACUGAUUGGCGGAAUGGAGUGCACAAACAUGGAGGAGCUGGAGAAGUACACGGUAUACAACGGGUACAGGAGAGACUCCGCCCUCAUCCAGUCUUUUUGGGAAAUAUUCCGGCAGUACGACAUGCACAUGCAAAAGAAGUUCCUGCGCUUUGUGACGGGAACGGACAGAGCGCCUUCUGGAGGGCUUAGCAGAAUGGCGCUCGUGUUUAUGAGAAACGGCGGAGACACGGAGCGGCUGCCCUCGUCGCAGACGUGCUUUAACACAUUUCUUAUCCCAGAGUAUGCGAACAAGGAAAAGCUCAAGGAAAAGCUUGACCUUGCAAUAAGCAACACUGAGGGGUUUUUCCUUUUAUGA